CGGGCCCUUUAGCUGUGGGAUCUCCGGCUGACGUUCUGGUGGCAGGCUCUAAGAACUUCUGCUUCCUGCUCCUUCUCCGGGUCCCACGACUUAUGAAUCGAUUGCUCUCGGUGCGGCCGCUGUUUCGGGGCCGGCUCCUCCUCGUUACGAACACUUUGACCUGCGGGGCCCUCAUGGCCGGGGGGGACGGUUUGCGGCAAGCCUGGGAGCGACGGCUCUCUAAGGGUGCCCCCGGGCCGCCACGGCCCAUCGACCUGUGGCGCACUGGACGUAUGUUUCUGAUAGGCUGUAGCAUGGGCCCCUUCCUCCACUACUGGUACCAGUGGCUAGACAAAAUCUUCCCUGCGAUGGGAUUUAAAGACAUUCAAAUCAUCUUCAAGAAGGUGCUCCUUGACCAGCUUAUAGCAUCUCCUCUCUUGUGUGCAUGGUAUUUCCUGGGUAUGGGGACUUUAGAGGGCCAGAACCUGGACAAUACCUGCCAAGAGUUGCGGGAGAAAUUCUGGGAGGUCUACAAGGCUGAUUGGACUGUGUGGCCAGCAGCCCAGUUGGUGAACUUCCUGUAUGUGCCUGCCCAGUACCGAGUGAUCUAUGUGAACAGCUUGACAUUGGGUUGGGACACCUACCUCUCCUACCAAAAGCACCGGGAGCCUCGCUCUGGCUGUGUGAGCCUGGCCUCCCGAACCAACUGAGAGACUGGAGAAUCCAAACACUUGGCAGUGAUGUCACAGCAGGCCCAAGCAGGGGCAUCUAGGACUGGCAGUAACCCCCAGAUCUCCAAAGGACCACUGGAGGCUAAAAACCUAAUCAAAGAUUGUCAUGUAACUUGUGAUUUAUCAUGUCAAGGGAAAAAAGAGGAAUAUGUAUGGAGUGGGCUCAUGCCUUGAGUCUUCCAAGCCAUAGCAUUCCAAGUGGGACCCUGUUUCUCUGGAGAGGAACCAGGAACCUCCUGGACCAAGGGCUGGCUGGCAGGCACGGAAGGGCUAUUCUGCACAUCUUCACAAGAUCGGCGUCCACUGUGAAAGCAUCACGCUUAGCCUUCCUGAGAUAUACUGCACCUCAGGAUGUACUGAUGAAGAGGCUUUGGGAUCAAGGGCCAAAGAAGGAACAGAUGGGCUGAUAGCUUUGUGCUUCCUUGACCCCCAGACCAGAAAGUGAAAAUCAUGGCAGCCCUUGGGUGGCUCUGGGCCGGGGCAGGGCCAGACCUGGCAAGUGCAACUGUUGCCUUCUCCCGAGGGGAGCCUGAGCUGUUUGGUCCCCUGAUCUUAGCAGCAGGUAGGAGGCUUGCUCUAGAAUGGAAGAGUUUGGGCUAAUAAAGAUUCUAUCCCAGAUGUUGUA